AUGGCCGCCGAAGUGGGCAUGCGGGCGCGCUCCGCGACGGGGACUGUCGUCCGGUGGGUGGCGCUGCUGCUGCUGCUGCUGCAGUGCCUGGGCGGCCACCCCUCCUUCGCCGCCGCUCUGGAAGAUGGGCACGUGAUCGUUAAAAUCAAGAGGUACUUCAGCUUCCCCAACUCGGAGUUUAAUAAAUACGGAGGCGAAGUGUCCUACGCCAAGUCCGCUUUGGCCUGCGCCCGCAACGGAGGCUACCUCUCUGCGGAUCAAACACCUGCUGCGCAUCAGUACAUCACGGACUAUUUGCGGCCGACAGGACGUCCUUUGGAUGCGCUUAUGUUUACGUUCAUGGGCGGCGACGCGGAGUACAGCGUGAACACGCAACGCUGUACGCCAGGAAUUCCAACGGCGUCCUUGGGCUGCGUCUACCAGUGGAAUCAGGGCGCCUUCGCCGACCCGCAGGUCAAGGGCGGUGGUGCUUCGUUUUACAUGGGGCUCACGGUUUAA